AUGAGUGGUGACAAAGGAAGAUCGAGGCGUACAAAGACCCGCUUGCCAGCCCAGCAGCACCAGCUCAAGGAGCAGUACGCCGCCCUCAAGGACAAAUAUGACCAACUUUGUGAGUUGUCUCAGCAGCGGCGCGCUCACCUGGCCUCGCUGUAUGAGUACGUGCAAAGCUGCAGGAAGGAGCUGAGCUACCUGUCGGGGCAGCAGGAGAGGAUCCUGCAGAGAGACUGGAGCGACCGCUUGGUGGACGCCCCCAGUGUCCGCAUGGAGUACGAGAAAUUCAAAACCCAGCGUCUGCUAUCUCAUGAGAAGAGAAUCAUCAAGCUGCGGGGGAAGGGAGACGGCACAGGGGAAGGAGAAAACUCGUUGAAAAGAAACAUCCUGCCAGCCUCCACCAUUAAGGAUACAGCUGCCUCACAGAGACGCUGUGCAGUCGGGGUGCAGGCCUUCCUCAACCUGGUCUGCUCAGAACCAUAUCACCUGGACACAUCGAAGACUACAAGAGUUCCAGCGCUGGAUGGCAGAGCACGCUGUCCGGAUUCUGUGAAGCUCAACUCCAAUCUGACCCGAAGCUCUCAACAGGGAAGAGCAACCCAGAGGUCCUGA